UUUCGUUCGCUUCGUUCGCAUUGUUCGUUUCGUUUUGCCAAAAAAAUUUCAAAUUGCCAACAUUUUUUUUUUUACUGCCAUUCGCAAAGAUAAAAAAAGCAUAAUUAUACAAUUAUAUAAACGCGUAACUGCGAAACUGCUAUUGUAACUUUUCUUCGCAAUUCACCAACUCGCGAAUUUAAGGAAAUUCACGCGAACAAAUUUAUUUGUCGACAAUUCGCAGCCCCCCGUAACGUAAGUUCCAUUUUUUAUAUCCACUUAUCAAUAUGGAAGUUCCAGGAAAAGUGAUUGGUGGCAAAGUUGGAGGAAAAGUGGGAGGUAAAGUCCUUGGUCUUGGCAAAGGAGGAAAGGGAAAAACAGGUUCUGGUAAAACCAAGAAGGCACCUCUGUCCCGAGCAUCGCGAGCAGGUUUACAAUUCCCAGUAGGAAGAGUUCACAGAAUGCUAAAAACGAGAAUUUCUUCCGACGGAAGAGUUGGAUCAACUGCAGCUGUUUACGCAGCGGCAAUUUUGGAGUACCUCACUGCCGAAGUUUUAGAAUUAGCAGGAAAUGCAACCAAGGAUUUGAAAGUGAAGAGAAUUACGCCCAGACAUUUGCAGCUAGCCAUUCGAGGUGACGAAGAGUUGGAUACACUUAUAAAGGCAACUAUUGCUGGAGGUGGUGUCAUUCCACACAUCCACAAGGCCUUGAUGAACAAAGUGCCAGUGCCACCCACCCAGGCCAAGAAGCCAAAGAAAAACUAGGGGUGAAAAAUGUAACGCAGUUGUGCGUCGAACUCUUCUUGUAGCCAUUUCGUUUGACCAGCUCCCCCUCCCUACUCACUCGCAUAUGCGUGUGUUUUUGUGUGUAUGUACCAACCUAUGUGUGUGUGCAUAUGCCGAUACGCACGUGGACCCAUUUUUACAUUAGCAGACGUGCCGACACCCCCAUUUAUACAAACAGCUAGCAGUCUACAUUGGUGCAUGCGCAAGUCUAAA